GUCUUUUAAAGUCGACACAUCUCGGCGUGCGUCUGUUGAUCCUGUGAGCAGGAGCCGAGCGUGUGACGUCGGCCGCUCUGUCAAUCAACAGAUUUCGCGCGGAAAAAAAAACAAACCCGUGGACUCUUGUCGAGGGAGGGAGAAGCCGCGCCAGUUGUUGCCUGUGAGAGAACAAGGUCUCAAAGGUACCCUGUUCCAUGAACUCCGCUCUCCUUGCCUUGUGGAACUGGCAGACUGAGCUGUUACCCUGACAACAGCUUCCAGACAUCCACCAUGCAGAGCACCAUCAAAUCAUUCUUCCAGCCCCUCACCCAAAUAAAGUCUGGAAAAGAAACAGCAGAGAAGAAGCAACCAGAAGAUAAGCUAACCCCUAAAAAGGAACCGAUACAUUCCGACCAGUUGGUGAAUGGCACAACUCUCCAGGAAGAUGCCUCUGAGAAAUGUGUAGCCAAACCAACCACUCAGGUCCUUAAUGGUGGAGGUGAAGAAGAUUCUGGGAAACCAGGAGGAAAGGAUACAAAGGCCGGGGAUAUAAAGCAGGAAUCGGACUGUGUUCCUGAACAAAAGACACCUGUAGAGAACAUCUCUCCAAGCACCAGCCCAGUUGCCUCUAAUUCACCCUCACCUUCCAGCAUUCCCCGACGCAGAACUGCCCGCAAGCAGAUCCCUAAACGUAAAGUGGAGGAAGACGUCGGCUGCCAAGACAGCGCGGAGGAGGAACUGUGUGCCAAAAAACGGAAGACAGAUGGUGCUGGGGAAGGCAUAAAAGAGGAGCCGGACGAGAAGUCAAUGGAAGUAGAAGAUGUGAAAGAUAAGGAUUCUGAGAUGGUGGAGGUUAAGACAGAGAAGGAGGAAGAAGCAGGGGAAAAGAAGGAGGAAGAACCAGAGGAAAAGAAGGAGGAAGAACCAGAGGAAGAGAAGAUUCUGACACCCUCCAAGCCAUCCAGCAAAUCUAUCUCUAGUUUUUUUGCCCCUAGGAAAGCUUCUGUGAAAGCAGAGAAAAAACAGAUACUUGCAGUGGAGGAAAAUAGGCCUGCGCAAAAGAGCCACAUUGAAGUCAGAAGCUGUGAGUCUGGCAAAGCAACUGGCAGUUCUCUCAACCAGUCUCCCACAGUUGCCCCAGCAGAUUAUAACCCCACAAAGAGCAACUAUCAUCCUGUCCAUGAUGCUUGUUGGGGUCCUGGCCAGAGGGUACCAUAUCUGGCUGUGGCCCGUACCUUUGAGUGGAUUGAAGAGGAGUCUGCCCGGCUGAAAAUCAUAGAGACUCUGAGCAACCUGUUUCGCUCUGUGAUUGCUCUGUCUUCUGAGGACUUGCUGCCCUGCGUAUACCUUUGCCUCAAUCGACUAGGCCCGUCAUAUGAGGGCUUAGAGCUGGGCAUUGGCAAAACCAUCCUCAUGAAGGCCUUGGCUCAGGCCACCGGUCGGCAGCUGGACCAGAUCAAGGCAGAGGCAGCAGAGAAGGGAGACCUGGGUUUGGUGGCUGAGAGUAGCCGCAGUACCCAGGGCACCAUGUUUGCUCCACCCAAGCUUGGUGCUGCUGUUGUCUUUGGCAAGUUACAGGCAAUUGGGCGCAUGACAGGAAGCUCUUCCAUGAACAAGAAGAUUGACAUUAUCAAGUCCUUGUUUGUUGCUUGUCGCUACUCGGAGGCUCGCUAUGUUGCUCGAUCGUUGGAAGGGAAGCUGCGGAUUGGCCUAGCAGAGCAGUCUGUCCUGUCAGCCCUGGCCCAGGCAGCGUCACUGACGCCUCCAGGACAAAAAUUCCCCCCAGAGAUUCUCGACGCUUCAAAGGGCAAAUCUGCAGAGGCCCGCAAAGCUUGGCUGGAUGAGAGAGCCUUAAUUGUUAAGCAAGCCUUCUGUGAAUUGCCAAAUUAUGACACUAUUGUGCCUGUCCUGCUAGAGCAUGGGAUAGAGAGCCUUCCGCAGCAUUGCAAGAUCACACCAGGGAUCCCGUUGAAGCCAAUGCUGGCCCACCCAACCAAAGGCAUUGGGGAAGUCUUAAAACGCUUUGAGGAAGCAGCUUUCACCUGUGAAUACAAGUAUGAUGGGGAACGAGCACAGAUUCACAUUUUGGAGAAUGGGGAAGUGCACAUUUACAGCAGGAACCAAGAAAAUAACACAUCCAAGUAUCCUGACAUUGUCAGCCGAAUUCCCAAGGUGAAAAAAAGCACCGUGCAGUCAUGCAUCAUAGAUGCUGAGGCUGUUGCUUGGGACCCAGAUUCAAAACAGAUCCAGCCCUUCCAAGUACUGACCACCCGCAAGCGCAAGGAUGUGGACGCUGCAGAGAUCCGUGUGCAAGUGUGCGUGUAUGCGUUUGACAUUCUCUACCUCAAUGGGCAGUCUUUGGUCCGAGAACCCCUCACCCAGCGCCGGACUUUGUUGCGUGAUUCUUUCACGGAGGUUGAAGGCCAGUUCCUGUUUGCCACCUCCAUGGAUACUAGUAACACUGAUGAAAUAGCAGAUUUCCUGGAGUGCUCCAUCAAAGAUUCAUGUGAGGGGCUAAUGGUCAAAACACUGGAAGUGGACGCCACGUAUGAAAUUGCAAAGAGAUCCCACAACUGGCUGAAGCUUAAAAAAGAUUACCUGGAUGGUGUUGGGGACACAUUAGACCUGGUGGUGAUUGGUGCUUACCUGGGCAAGGGCAAACGUGCAGGCAGCUAUGGAGGCUACCUCUUAGCUUGCUAUGAUGAGGAAAAUGAGGAGUUCCAGAGCAUCUGCAAGAUAGGCACUGGAUUCUCAGAUGAAGACCUGGAGAAAAUCCACGCUUCCCUCAAGGACCACGUGAUUCCACAGCCACGUCCGUACUACCGUUGGGGUGGAACAGUUGAGCCUGAUCAUUGGCUGGAGGCCCAACACGUCUGGGAAGUGAAGUGUGCUGAUUUAUCCAUUUCUCCUGUUCACAAAGCAGCUGCUGGUUUGGUGGAUGAGGAAAAAGGAAUUUCUCUACGCUUCCCCAGAUUCCUUCGCAUUCGAGAAGAUAAGAAACCAGAAGAGGCUACUGCUAGCACCCAGGUGGCCGAGCUAUACCGGAAGCAGCAGCAGAUCCAGAACCAGCAGUCAGUGGAAAAAGGCGAUGAUGAUUUUUACUAGUAAAGGUGUUCAUCUGGUUGGGCAAAAAGUCUUCUUUUCUGCUUCUUCCGUGGGAUGAGAGCCUCCUUCGGCCUUCUUGAAGCUGAGACUUACAAAUGCAGCUGGCCGCCUUGUGAAGCUUGAUUAGGAGUACACUGAAACCAGAUGCUAACUUUCAUUGCAGGUACUAGCUUAUGACGAGUUUACCUCCACCUGCCCAGUGGCAGUCAAGUGUAGCGUUGGUGAUCUGUUAAUAAACCCUUGGUGUUUGCUGA